CGAGCUGUGACGCCGACGAGCAACAUCUCCUUCAUGCUGGACAGCCUCCUCCGCGGCUACGACAACAGACUCAGGCCUUCCAUGGGAGGCUCACCGACUGUUGUUGAAAUCGAUGUGGAAGUUCGGAGCAUGGGACAAAUCUCCGAAAUGGACAUGGAGUUCUCGAUGGACUGCUACUUCCGCCAGACGUGGCUGGACCAGCGACUCGCGUUCUCAGACCACGAGCGAGCCUUCACACUCUCCGUGGCUAUGCUGGAACGCCUCUGGAAGCCUGACACUUACAUACACAAUGGACGAAGAAGUCACUUGCACGUCAUCACGACACCAAACAAGCUCAUCAGACUCUAUCCCUCAGGACGAAUACUCUACUCGUCGAGGCUUACGAUCCAUGCUACAUGCCCCAUGGACUUGAGGGACUUCCCCAUGGACACCCACCAUUGUUUGUUAUUAAUAUACAGUUAUUUACCAGAUGCAUACACGACACGUGAUGUCAUUUACCGCUGGAACGACAACCGCCAGAUUGUUAUAGCAUCCGACAUGAGGCUGUCCCAGUUCGACCUAAUAGCUGCGCCAUCGAGCUUCCAGAACAUCACGCGCACCACAGGGCAGUUCUCGGUGCUGAAGGCGAGCUUCUACCUGCAGCGCCGCAUGGGCAACUUCCUCAUCCAGGUGUACGGGCCGUGCAUGCUGCUCGUCGUGCUCUCCUGGGUGUCUUUCCUGCUCAACAGAGAGGCCACGGCUGACAGAAUCUCGCUCGGAGUCAUGACCGUCCUGACGAUGACAUUCCUGGGGCUGGAGGCUCGAGCUGACUUGCCCAGAGUGAGCUACUCCACGGCGCUCGACAUUUUCGUCUGGAUUUCUUUCGGCUUCAUCUUUGCCACUAUCGUUGAGUUUGCAUUCGUACAUUACUUCACCAAGUUUGGGUCCGGAGAACAAUAUUGGCCUGUCAAUAGCGACAAAUGCGAGAAUCACCAGCCCCAGCAACCCCAACAACAGAACCACCGUCAGCAAUCUGAACAAUGGCAGCCAAGGCAGCAGCCUCUGAUGCCGCGCCAGUCUUCUGUGGAAGAAGCGAUCGCGUGUAAGCACAACACAGCAGCAGCAAGCCGCUCAACGUCCGACGUGUCCCUCGAUGAGCAACUGGUGACGUCCGACCAGGACACCCCCCAGAACACGCCCAACCACCAGUCUUCCCCGGCCUCAGUUCGCUCGUCGCACUCCACCCCUCACUCCAACUGCUCGCCCAGUCGAUGCAGCACGCGGGCGGCUGACGUCAUAGACAUAACAACAUACAAUGCUAGCGGGUGCAGCAAAGGGUUGCCAGUCGGACUACAUUACUGCAAACGGCAUCAAAAUAAUCAUGAGCUGCAAUACAUUCACUACCAUCAGCAUACCAACACACCGAGUCAUCAGGCGCUCAACAACAGGCAACAGCCCAAACUGAAACAAACUACCGUAUCAGAGCGUCACAUGAGAGGGCGUUGGUAUAAGAGACUGCGGCCCAGAUGUUGUCCACGCAGACAAUUCGUCACGUCUCUCGUCCCUGCAGUGAACAUGAAGAAGAAAGAGGAUCAGCGACGCAAGCGCCGGUCAUGCAUGCGCCAAAUGAACUCAGUGUCUCAGAUCGAUCAAGUUUCAAGGAUUGUUUUUCCUAUUUGUUUCGUCAUUAUGAACUUGAUAUACUGGUACAGCUACAUUACACAUUCUCAGAGACUGAUUUAUCAUCUGCCACCACCAAGAUAUGCGUCUGCAACGUCCUAACAUUGCAUUACUCUUGGCCGUGGCGUGUCAAAGCUCAAAAGUAUAGGCCAUAUAAAAUAAGGAUUUAAUUUUAUGUACCUGUUGUACAGCAAAUGAACGGUCGGUAUUAAAUACGCGAAAACAUCGUUCGAAUUAAAUAAUAGCAUGCCUCGCUGAAUGUAUCGUGAAUUUAUUCGUUUUAUUUAUUUUCUAUUACUCAUUCUGACUGUUUCCAAUCAAAAUGGAUGGUGCGCAGCCGUCGGCCACAAAUUUAACUGUUAAACAAGCUUUGAAGUAAACGCUCCAUACAAACAUGCUUAGCUAGACUCAGAGCUACUAAGUCGCAGACCACGCCAGAAAGCACCGCAAGCCAUACCAGUUUCGCGACGGCUUGAGGCCUAAGGCGCUGUGUGCUUGCAGCCUAGUCUCCAGCCAGUAAAGUCUUCACGGAAUCGACACCCAAGCACUCGUAUAUCUCCAUACUUACUCCGCCUCCCCACCUCGCUGCAGUCAAUGAACUUCUCCAGUCCCCUAAUAUUUGCCCCGCUUCUCCACCUUGCUACACCCAAUGAGGUUUUGUUAGUUAAUGAAAGGUUUGUUUGGGUAGAGAAUCGGGUCAAGUUUGGAGGAAGACACAUACAUGAUUGUUGUCUCCGUGAAGAAUAUACUGGCUGGAGAAGUGGCUGCUGGCUUUCGGCGCCUAUGGGCUAUGGUUCCAAGCACUUGAGUUCAAUGGCCAAUCUACUCAAUAGCAUGCAUGGGGGAGAACAUGAAAGUGAUAACGGUAUUGGCAACGCUGGCCUCUAAUUAGGUUAGGUUACGCAACGCCCGGCAUGAAGUAUUCUGUGAUACUCGAACCUUACCUCUAGCGCAUGUAUGUGAGCACAUCUAUCCGAUUAAUUUGUCUCUAAUUUGUAUGUGUGUGUAAGAAGAGGGUUGAUGUAAAUGCAGUUAAUCUAUGAAGGGCUCGGUGGUCGAUGGGUAGAUAAGUAUGCAGACUCCAGACCUACACUGACCUUGGGAAGGAGAUGGUUCAAUGCAAUGCUAGCCCAGACCAUCCUGGAGCAAAACAUUGAAAACGAAUGUAGAUUUGUACAUAGAUUUUUGUAUUCAAGGACCAGUCUUCAUAAAAUUUUUACUAUUAUAAUGAAUAUUUCAUCAUUCAGAUAAUAUUCAGCCAGCAUUCUCAUUUUUAAACAUAGCGAGCUCCUAUAAAGCAGUCAUUGCCGUCAUAUGGAAUUUAAUUACAUUUGUUCGGAUUCGAUGUUUGCAUCAAAGCAGGAUGUCUAUUUACACAAAAUUAUUCGUGAUUUCAUCGAAAAAAAAUAAGAUCCUUUGACACAAUAUUAAUUGCGAAUCUUUCUUUACAUUAAAAUGACCAUAUGAGUACUUAUUUUGAAAGACCACAAUCCGUAGUUUAUAAUAUAUCAUAGCAUCUAUAAUUUCCCAAAUAGGCAUGAGGUGAUAGAUAUGUUUUGCUAAUGUGUAUGAAGAUUUUCGGGCUGCGUGAUCUGGGAUAAUAUUGGGUUACACUAAACUGAAGGAAUAAGUUUUCCACAUAACACUUCUGUCAAACAUUGAGAGCAGAGUAACAACACAGUAGUCAAUAUUCCAUCUUUGUCAUAUCAUCAGGUGGGCAGUUUCUCUGUGUGCGGGUAAGUGCGGCUUGUGGCUUGCCCUUGAAAGGUCGACUUUACAACUUCUAACUCGAGUGAAACUUUUCCAUCAAACAACAAACUUUUCCAUCAAACUAUAGCUGCAUCAAAAAUGAAGAAAGGAAAUAAAUAUCAAUCAAAUGUUUCAUGACUUAUAGGUUUAAUGAUGAAUGGUAGAAAUUGCGACCAAUCGCAAUGCAGUUGUUUUACUACUUGCAGUUCCUUCUGUUCACACGUGAGUCGCUCAAAUCCUGUCUCUGACUCGCCGCUCGCUAAUAUAAAUCGUCUCAUGCUCGUCAGAACCACGUUCUAUUUGCAGUUUUCAAUUACCCAAUCGAAAUUGCGAAAUUAGUCAUAUCUUCCUAGAACGUUCGGGUUCAAUUAUAUUUCUAAAUAAAAUGUUUCUAUGGGAAGCUGGCUGCUCAAUGGAGUGAAAUGGUGAAUCGCUUCUUCUGUAGAUGCUAAUGAAAGAGAUCCAUUAAAUAAGUAUAUAAUAGAAUAAAUAUAAUAUGAGUUUUUUAUUAAAGUUUGUAUAUGGGAUGUAAGAGAUCCACUAUAUGAGUUUGUAUAUGUUUUUUCUGUGUAUGUGGUAAGAGAUUUAUUAAAUAAGUAAAAAAUAAAUAUAAUAUGAUGA